CAAAAAUGGAAGCAAUAGGAUCAGCCUCGGCGAUCCUGGCCAUCGCAACGGCCGGUAUACAAUGUACCGUGAAGCUGGUUUCGUUCGCGGGCCAGGUCAAGACGGCGCCGGAGCGAAUCACGCAUAUUGCUGAGGAUGUGUCUCAGAAUGCGAGUAUUCUGCAGCAGCUGGGUGAUUUGAUGAGUGAGGAUUUGGAUGCGGAAUCCAUCGAUGGGAGUGGGGAUGGUGCUCAGGUCACAUUGGCGUACAAGCAGAGUGACGAGAAAGCGAAGCAGGAGAGGCAGAGUGUGUUUAGUGAGGCUGGUCUUGAAACUACGACGAAGGUAGCUUCGAGAUGUCAUGAGAUUUUCCAAUCAUUGAAUAAGCUUCUUGAGGAAGCUGGGCGGAUGGAUUCCCGGUCUGGCAAGUUGAGAUCGGUGCAGAAGUUGAAGUGGCCGUUUUUAAAGCCGGAGAUAGAUACCAUGCGAGAGGAGUUAAAGGAGGCAAAGGGUACUUUGAUGCUGAUGCUGCAGUUGGCGUCGUUGGCCAUGUCGCGGAAGAUGAUGGAUAGAUAUUCCCCCAAACUCGGACUGCUGCCGCAUUCAGAGGUAGAACGGCAACUUCUUAUCAACUCGAUUGUAGCUCAGAAGGGCUCCGAAGAUCACCAAGCAUCGAAUAAACAGCCCCUACAUAGAUGCAUAAGCUGCGCCACAAUGUCAAUCGAUGGAGAAGAGCAAGCCGGCCCGGAAGUAAACUUCGUAACAGCAAAUCUAUCGCCCCGAGGGCGAAGCAUAUCUGGUUCUCCAGUGAGCCCGCCAUCCCCGACACACGAGCACAGAUGGGCAAGGAACUGUAACGUGUGUGACUAUAUUCCACUAAUGUCCCAGGCACCUAUAAACACCAACCCGCCUUUGAGUCUGUAUAUCAUCAGACCGCACCCUUCCCUUAUGGACCGCAAAGUCCACAUCAAUUGCACAUAUCACCAAGUCGCACUAUCAGAGGAGGAAAUCUCGUCACGCCUGAACGAUUGGAGAUCAUCAUCCAGCACUACCGUCCUCGAUCAAGUUCUUUCUCUCACAGCUCAAGAGCUGGACACUCUGAACUCCUUAACCGAAAGGUGCUGGGACGGCAUUGAUAGAAAGGUCUCAUGGAUACAUUUCGGCGAGUACCUUCCUGUAAUCGAUGGGUUUGAUGAGGUUAAAGCACGAACCCUGACUGUCAUCAUCACUCAACACCCACCAAAGUUUGAACCGACUUCCAGAAAUGCCGAGUCUGGAUUCCGAUGGGGGACGGGACGACCUCCACUCGCUAGAGACAGUUCGCCUCGUAUGAGACCAUAUGAUGCCCCCUACGACGCUGGAAGUUCCAAUUCUAUGCUGGGAAUGGGUCUUCCACAUGACCAACAGGGAGCAACCUUCCAGUCUGGUAAGACUGGAGGUGUUGUAGUCCAGGGAACGAUAGAAGGCCCAGUGGAUGAUGUGGAUGAGGUAGAUGGCGAAGAGACUGAAAAGAUCGUUCAAGAUCUGCUGGCUAAAUAUACAAAUGUCUGAGAUCCGCUGAGACCCGGUGUUCAAAACAGAUUUGACAUCCACGGGCCUAUGUCAAAGGCUUGGAAUGAAUGUCAAUGGUGAGCCUAUU